AAAACAAAUGACGAAAGUUUUCACAUUUUACCGAGUGUUAGUGUUUCUCUCACGUUCAUUUGUGUAUAAACCAAGGAGCUGGUGCAGUUUUGAAACUCAACAAUAAAUUAUAUUUAUCAGCUCGGCGAUACAAAUAUUUAUGUUAUAACACAAACAUUUCAGUUUUUUUUUGUCGCAAAUAAUUAUCAUCAUGAAUCUAUUGGAUUUACCCGAUUGUAUGUUGGAACAAGUUCUGGAGUGUUUAUCAUACGAUGAAAUCGCAAAACAGCGUAUCGUUUGUCAAAAAUUCAAUACAAUAUGUCAAGGCCUUUUGAAUGUUGGCUUCCAUAAAGUGAUGAAGCGUCAUGGACAGCUAUUGAAAAUCAUUAAAUCACAAUUGCCACGGCGUGAAUCCGAACGCAGAAAUCAUCAAUUGAGCAAACACUCGGACGUUUUGACAUGUAUCGAGACUCGCAUCUCUAUGCUAUCGAUGACUUACACAAAAUACAUUGAAGUUAAUCUGUGCUGUUUCAUACCAGGAAAAGUAAUCGAUGAAGUUCUUCAUGUUUUCGCUUCUAUUACACAUACAAAGCCAUGUAAUAUGUCCGAAGUGUUUGUAUUGUCCGAUAAACCACUUCGAACUCAUGAUGUUUUGCAAGAGCUGCGUGACAUCUCUUCCAUGGCCAUCGAUCAUUUUGAGGAAAAAAUUGCACCAACUCUUAAACGAGCAUAUUGCGAACUGCCAACCAGAGCAGCAUUGUUGAAUUGUUCAAAUGUCCAAUACCAUUAUGCAACUGAUACAUCGUCGAAUACAUCGGGCUUGUCUUUGCCAGCACUUUAUUCACAAUUUCAACAAGGUGCUUCAUCAUCAUCGUCAUCAUCAUCACCACCACAAAAAGCAAUCAAUGCUCGUCAAGUCGAUCCAUACCAAAGCAACUACAUUCGCAUGGAACGAAAAUUCAAGACAGCAAUGCGAAAGCUAAACAAUGUCAUUGGUAUCCAAAAUCGUCAAGCACAAAAGCUUCGAAGCUGUUCAAUGCAAAUAAAUGAGCUAAAUGCGCAGGUGAUUGAUUUGCGUCGCCGUCUAGAGGAAUCGAAUAAUUCAAAAAAUUCGCUGGAACAAAUCGCAUCGGUGGUUAAAGUUCGUUCAACACAAUCAAAUACGCAGCACAACAAUAUCAAACCACGAACGGCCACAAUUAUUUUGAAACGUAUUGCUGAGACAUCGUCUGGAAAUCCAACCGCCACAAAGAAGGCCAAGCAUUAGACAAACAAUGCCCUCACCAUUUCAUUUUUAUAAAUCAUUAACAUUUCGCUUUUCUAUAUCCUUAAUUUCAUUUCUUUUCGAUAAACUCUUUUAUUUCAGAAAUUAUUGAUACACACACAUGAAUUUAUUUUGCCUUAAGAGUCGAGGUUUUCCUUUGAUAGAAGCAUUUGUAGAGUUCUGUUCGUUUAGUAAAUGUAAAAAAAAGACACAAAAUGAAGAAAUUUCACUUUUUUAUGGCAAAACAUUAUUUACUUGUAGGGACUACGAUUUAAACGCGUUCGAAAUUAGAAUUAAUUCGUUAGCAACACUUGAUGGCAACUCAUUUGCUCAUGAUCAAUCUAAUGAUUCCAAUAAAUUUGUUAUUAAACCCAAUCCAAAUCCAA